AUGCGGUACCAAACGCGUGAAUCUUGCCAAGCUCACAAGUUUUCGUACACUUCAAUUAACAUUGUUAUGGUAUAUUCUCUCCUUAUUGGUAGCACGCUACUACGGACCCAACGACUGACACUCCCACGUACAUUCUGCCGGUACAAAUCCAUCACCGCAGCGAUCGAAAGAGGCCGACAGGGUGGACCUGAUCGUUCCUCCCGUCCCCGUACACGAGAAGCAUUUGGAGAUGGGGGAGAUAGACGGGUGAAGACUCGCCGUGAGGAGAGGUUCGAGCGAUUCGGCCCGCCGCGUGAUGACAACGAUUCCUCCGGCAGUCCUCGUGCAGAGCGACCACAACGGGACCGCGGUGAGAGGGUGACAGCGCCUCGAAGCAGCAGGUUUGGCCGUGUGGGCCCACCUCGGCCUCGCGAUACUGCACCCAGCAGGUUUCGGGACGAGCGCCCACAGAGAGAUCGAGAUGAUGCCCCAAGACGGCGUCGCGAGGACCAUUUCGAAUCAGCGCCGGACAGAUCUACGGGUCGAGGCAGGGACUUUGGCGGGGAACGAAAGCCCUUUUCUGACCGUUCCAGCUUCAGAGAGCCACGCAGAGAGCGAUUCGACGGACGCAACGAGCCGACAUCACGACGAGAGAGACCUUCGGGCACACAGGACGACAGGACAUUUGAUAGAGGCAAGAGCUUCGAUAAACCCAGAAACUCAUACUCCGAUCGUGCUCUGUCAAGAGGUGCACAGAGGGAAGAAUCAGGCGAUGUUCAAAAAGAGUAUAGAUCGCAAAGGCUGGACAGACCUUCGAGGAUAGAUGAUGACUCUUCCUAUACACCACGUCCUCGGGACAGAACAGAUGAGAGCCCAAGAGAGCCACGAUUCUCCCAUCGUCCUGACUCGAAAGGGGCCCGAAGAGAACGAACUGGGCGAGAGCAGACUGAGCGCUACUAUCCCCACGACUCUUCACGAAGCAAGCCGGAUUCGCCCUCUGCUACGGGCAGUCCAAGGAGCUCAGUACAAGGACCCGAAUCACUACCGUACACGACCGCUGCCUCGGAGUUCAUCUACGGAUUUUCAAGCGUACUGGCUGCUAUCAAGGCGAAUCGGCGGAAAUUCUACAGCCUCUACAUUCAUUCUAGGGGCGCAAGUAGAGAUGGCCUAAUGGCUCGUAUCAGAGCCCAUAAACUAUUCUCGAUUACUGAAGAAGUCGGAGACGAAUACAUGCGCGCUAUGGACAAGGCGAGCAGUGGCCGACCGCACAAUGGAGUUAUACUGGAGUCAUCGCCACUUCCUGUACCUCCCAUCACUGAACUAAGGACAGCAUCCAUCACGGAUGAGAGUUUCAGUGUCGCCGUUGACAGCCAAAGCGCAGAAGAUGCGCUAGUCAACGGCAAGCAGGAGCUAUACUCGUACAAGUCGUCUGGUUGGAGACAUCCCCUGAUCCUCUAUGUUGACGGUGUGCUCGACGAAGGUAAUCUCGGAGCCAUUGCACGCUCAGCCUACCUCCUUGGUGUUGACGCUAUCAUCACUCCCACGCGUCAAACGGCGCCAUGGAGCCAUAUUGCUCUGAAAGCCUCUGCUGGCGCCGCAGAAGCGAUUCCCCUGUUCAAAGUUGGCGAGCCUACAGACUUUCUCGGGAAGAGUUCACGUGCUGGGUGGAGGAUCUAUGCGAGUGAUGCUGUACCCCCGGCACCCUCUAUCUCACCAGCCUCCGAGCCUGAAGAUGACGGGGCUUCCAAAAUAGUCUAUUCCAUUGCGAGGAGUACCAAACGGCUUCCCGCAGACCACUCUCCUGUGGCAGAACACCCGACCAUUCUGAUGAUGGGUGGCGAAGGGACGGGGCUGAGGAGCAGUCUCUUGAACCUGGCGCAUUACAAGGUGGGCAUCCCACAUGGUCGCGAAGUUGAUGAGAUUGGUGUCGACAGUCUGAAUGUUAGCGUCGCAGCCUCGUUGCUCUGCUACGAAAUGCUGCAGAAACCCAAGUCGCAGCCGAUCCGCAAACCUGAGGACGUUGUGUUUUAGAGCCUCGGUGUGCCCAGAGGAACCUGCCUCUUGUAUCAUAUGUAUACCCUCUGUACCAAAUAUAUAAUGUAGCUAGGGUGGUGGGCAGGCGGUAUCAGCGUCGCAUUGCACCAUCCAAUAGAAUAUAGUGAUGCACUGUC